AUGAAUCUCCCGAAAUUAGAAUUCCCUGAUACAUUUGAUAAAAUGAUGAAUGGAUAUGAGCAAUACUACUCUAUCUUUUAUCAUGAAAUGAUUCGAAUGUCAAAUGUUGCGCUAAACAGCUAUAUAUCUCAAUUUCUUGAUCUUGUCAUGGAAUUGGCAAAAUCAUCUGACCCCAAAAAUGCAUAUAGAGCCGCAGUCGGCAUAGCAUCACUUCAUAAAUUUGGAUAUAACGAUUUUCAGAAGUUAAUUAUCAUUUUAGAGCGUAUAAUUCCUCAAAGGGAUAUUGACUUAGUUAAGUUUACAAGCUGGUGUACUGGAGAACUUGUGAAACAUCCAGGUACAGAGCAAGCAAAAUAUGUCGGACAUUUGAUGAAUCGUAUAUUCGGGUGGUUGCAUGCAUAUGGACGUAGAGAAAGAUAUCUUGCUGCCGCUUGGAUGAUUUAUUAUCUUACUCUUAAUGCGCCAAGCUCUGUAUCAUCCUUUUUACCACAAAUACAAGCUGCAACUUACAUAUUAAUGACAAAACAAUCAUUUCGCAUCAUGGAAGCAACUGUUUUAGCAUUAGCAGAAAUUACUUCUGCAGUUGCUUCUUACAGAAGAUCUGAAAUUGAUCAUCAUUUGAAUUUUAUACAAGAACUAUGUUUAAAUUUCCUUGAAAUGCCAGAUUCAUUAAAACAAGCCCCAUCAUUACGAUUACUUACAAAGACAGCAGAAAUUUAUCCGGAUUAUUUCAUUCCAAACACGCAAGGCAUCAUGCAAGUGCUUUGUGAGAACCUAACUCAAUGUUCUUCAUUAGUCAGAAUGCACGCAAUUGAAUUACAAACACAAUUAUUUAUUAUUGAUACAACUUUAAUCGAUCUCUUUGGAAUAGACGAGUAUUUACAAGAUAUGCAGCUUAUAUUACUUGAUUUCCCUACGGAAUGUGCUCAAUGUAUCGUUAAAUUGAUCCGAAAUCUUCCAAAUUUCAUUGACGAAAACAAAGACAGCGUUGUAAAGAUGACAGAAGAUCUAAUCAAUGCCGAACUAUAUGAUGACUUGUUUGUCAUCUACACAGAGCUUCUUAAAACCUCUCAUCCACUUGAUUUAAGUGAAGAAAACCUCAGAAAACUUGUAAACGCAGAAGUCACCGAAAGAUACAAAGAUUUAUUUGUUUUUUACACGAAAAUCAACAACAAAGAUGAAGAUCUUACAUCAUUCCUUUUAAACAAGAAGAUCAAUCAGUCAUUAGAAGAAAAAGAAAAUCUAAUUGUUUUAGAAAUGAUCAGUGAAUUGCCUUCAUCAAUUUUCCCAGCUGAUACAAGUUUAAUGACACAGAUUUCGAAGUAUACAACUUCCAAAUCAUCAAAAGUAAGGAUAGAAGUAAGUCGUUCUUUAUUUAAUGUUCUUAAAAGUCAAACAACAAUUUCUCCUCAAAAUAUUGUUUUGCAAGAAUUGCAAAGAGCUAUUUCCGAUCAAGAUUUAUAUGUUAGAGCCGCAAUUAUCAAAUGCGUAAGUGAUAAUUGUCCAAUGGAAUUGGCUUCCUCCAAUUGUCUGAAUUUGUUGAGAGUGUUUCUAAAUGAUGAUUCAACAAAUGUCAGAAUUAAUUCAAUAAAAGCUCUUGAAAAAGUGAAUCAUUUGAAUCCAGCGAAAUCAAUGGCUUUUUCAAGAAGUUUCUUGAUCAAUUGCAUCUACAUAUUGGAGAAUAUCCCUUCUAUAAGACAAAGAGCGAGAACAGCGAGAAUAUUGUCUCAUUUGAUUAAUUCUUGCAAAGAUAUUGCGAAGAUGUAUUUAGAAACAAUUUUUAAGUUGUUUGAAAAAGAAAUUUUGUAUAAUUUUGAGAAUACUCCGAAAUACGAGAAUUUCAUUGAAGAAAACUCUGCUUUGUCAAUCAAGAAAGGUAUCAUUGAUUCUAUAAGUUUGUUGGCGCCUUUGGAUAGAGAUUUAUUCGACAAAAAUUCAGGAACAAUUAUUCCUGUUUUAUGCGAAUAUUUAAUUAGAAACGAAAAUAGAAAUUUGACAUUAUCUAUUUUGAACUUUUUGUUUGUCAUUUUGAGUCCUUUGAACUCAACAAAAGAAAUCAGAACGCAUUGUGCGGAAAUCUUGACUUCUUGCACUAAUCUUUUGUUGAGAACUAAAUCGAGAAUUCUCAAAAUGGCAAUACUAAAAGUUGUCGGAGUUAUUGGAUUACUCGAUGUUCACAUUGAAGGGGAGAACACAACAAAACAGGUACCUGACCAUGUAAAUGUCAAUUUGGCCAGACAAUUUUAUCUUCCUAAAAGAGAUGACGACAUAAUUCCUGACUCUUCUCUUUAUUUGGAAAGAGGAAGACAAGAAGUUUUCUUUGCUUGUUCGAUCACUUCACUUUUACUUAAAAUUCUUGACAAUGACGAGAACAAUGAAUUAUUUGUUGAGACAUGCGAAGUAAUGGUUUUCAUUCUAGAAGCAAACUUUACAAGGAUGACACUUUUACCCGCUUUUGACAAAUUUUACAAGAAAUUAUUGUCAUUUAUAAAUGACAGUAAAAAUCCUGAAGAAUUAAAAGGAUAUUGUGAAAUUCUGAUCAAACUGAACAUGAACAAUAGAAACAACAUUGUUCCUUUCAUUGAUGAAACCUUGAAUUUGCUCAUGACGAAAUUUAAUCAAGAUGAUGAUUUGUUGAUGGUAAAAGUUGUUUAUUCCAUUUGUUUCUCAACAAGAGACGCAUUCGCACCUCAUUGCCAUGGAAUACUCUGUUUGUUAUUGAACACCCUCGAAAAUAGAAAAACUUCUUCAUCCGAAAUUUGCAAAUAUAUCAUGGAUAUAUUUACUUUUAUCAGCCCUUACGCCGCCGAUCAACUUUUCUUAAUUGUCUCUCAAAUUUGUGAUGCAAUUAUUUUUGAGUUUACAUUGGAAAGUGUCAGAAUCAGUGGUUUGAACGCUUUGAAAGAGCUUGCUAAUACUACAGACAUGAUGUACGCAAUCGGUAUUAUUAUUAGAAGCUUGAGUUUCGCUUUGUUUGACCUUGAAUAUGAAUUAACAAGAAAAGCUGCAAUUGAAACAUUGAUUUCUUUGACGAAAAAUUAUGGAAAACCGUUUUUAUUUGCAGCAUUUCCAAUUUUGCAGCGCUUGAAAGGUGAGAACAAGACAGAUCAAAUACAAGAAUUGGAAGAUAUAAUAACAAAAGUCGAAGUUGAUGGAAAAUUCGAAGAAAAAGUUCAAAAUUGUUCAACACCUAAGAAAAUUUCAAAAAGUGACAAUUUUGUCAUCAACGAAGACUUAGUUAUUAUCAGAGCAGAAAAUCCCAAUUUCGGUGAUGAAAACAAUUUGUUGCAGUGGCUGAUUAAUUUCAUAAAAGUCACUGUUUCUCAAAAUCCAAGGGCAUCAAUAAGAAGCUGUUCAAAUUUGACACAAAAAAGUGAGAAAUUCUGUUUGAAGAUCUUCAACAUUGCUUUCUUGAGUAUGUGGACUAAAUUGUCCCAAAAGGCAAAGCAUACAAUUAAAACAUCCUUCAGAUCUGUCAUUGAUACAAAAGACAGUUAUCCAAUUGUUGGAAAACAUAUCAUUUCACUUUUGAUUUACAUGGAUAAAGUACGAAAUCCAAUUGAUAUUCCAACAGAUGUUGUAAUUAAUGCAUGUGAGAAAUACAACUAUUUGGCAUUCGCUCUUUAUUUGCAAGAGAAUUUAUUGUCAAAUAAUUCGAAUUUGCCAAAAAGUGAAAUGAAAAUUCAUGUUUCUCAAUUAAUUAAAACUUAUUGCAGCCUAAACCAAAAAGAGAACGCGACAAUGAUUUUCAAGACAACACAUGUAAGUCUUGGAAAUUCAAUUGAAACUAAAAUGCGCCUUGGUUGUUACAGCGAAUGCAUUGAACCAUUGAAGAAAAACAUUGCAAAGAAAGACAGUUUUUAUUCAUUAAUUAACUGUCUUUCGAGUCUUUCCAGAUGGGAAGAUAUCAACAGUUACAUGUCUUAUUUCGUGAACCAUCAAGACAGACAAUUAAAAUGCCAAGUUGCUCCUUAUUUCGCAGAGGCAUCGAUGCAUCUUCAAAAGUGGGAUGACAUCAAACAAAUAAGGGAUUACACCAACGAAGAUUCCCUUAAGAAUAUUUUAGUCAACGCUUUGUUUUCUUUACAUGAAAAGAAUUAUGAAGAAGUUGACGGUUUAAUUGAAAAAGGUUUAUCGUUGAUUGCAUCAAAACCUAUUUCAUUUUGGUCCCAAUACCAACAGCUACAAGAUGAGAUUGUUUUGAACGCUCAGAAACUUGUAGAACUCCAUGAAUUGGCAGAGUACAUCAAAGAAACUCCCGAAAACAAAGAAAAAUUUGAGAACGUAUGGAUUCAAAGGCAUCUUACUAUGCCAAGAGAUUUUGCUUUAUGGAAUGACUUGAUAGAAAACAGAAUAAUCAUCACACAGCACCACGAUGAGAAUACUGUCAAGUUAUUCUUGUUGCCAGGUCUCCAUGAAAACGCUUAUUCUUCUUUGUUUAGUUCAUCACAAAGUCAAGAAAAUGUAAACAUUUCAAAAAUUUGUUUGUCAAUUCAAAAGUGGCGAAAUGGCGAAAAAUCAGAUGCGAUUGAAAUUUUAUCCAGUCUCAAGAAUAACAUCAAUGAUAAGACAAACAAAUCCAUUAAAGUUGUCACAGAACUUUUGUUGGGAACAUGGAUUUCCGAGUUAAAUGAUUCACAACUAAAAUUAGCUUAUAAUCAUUUAAGUAACGCUGUUAAAAUACUCAAAGGCGAAGAAAUCGGAAUAACUCCACAAAGGUCAUUGCACAAAAAAUCUUUCAACUUUAUUCCUCACUCAUUUACAUCAGCAGCUCUUCAUUUGACUCCUCAAGCAAUUAGAGAAUUAAUGUCAAAUGUUAUGGGCAUCGAAAUCAUGAGAAAAUGGGCUUUAGUUUGUUCCGAAUUGAUUAAUUUGGAUCCCCAUAUGAAAGAUGAAUACGUGAAGACAGCCAUUGAAUGUCUAAAGACUUGUGCAAAUACUGCAAGUACAACGAGUUUCCCUGAUGUUGUGCAAUUAUUGAAUUUGUUCUUUGAAUACGCGAACAAAUUGGAUUUAUUCGAUCAAACGAAGGAAUCAAUCAAAAGCUUGGAUGCCAAAUAUCUUUUGAUGUGUUCUCCUCAAUUAUUAGUCCAAUUAAGUCAUUCUUCAAACUCUGUUUCUUGUUUUGUUAGUGAUUUAGUUUUGGAUUUGCUCAAAGAGCAUUAUCAUUCUUUGAUUUUCUCUGUCAUAACAAUGAGAGAGAGUUCAACAGAGAAAAGAUCAAAAGCGGCUUCAAACAUCAUUGAUAAGUUUAGAUCAAUGAAAACAGAAGAAAUGAAUGAAGUUGAAUUAAUAAGACAUACAUUGUUAGAAUUAACAGUUACUUUGCAUGAAAAAGCUGAGAUUCUUCUUCAAGACAUGAAGAUGUAUUUCGAGUUAUCCAAAUGGGAACAAAUGAGACAAACAAUGGAUGAACUCGACCAUUUGUAUCCAAUGAAUCCGAAGAAUGAAUUGGAAUGGAGUUUCAACAGAGAUUUCUCGAAACUCUUCAAAGAUCUCAAAUCCUUGAAAGACGUAGACAAAAACAACAUGUCAAUCUACAAUUCCAUCAAAAUGUGGAUUGAUAAAUGCGCCCAAUCAGUUGCUUAUGUCUGGGAUAAAGUUAGAACAAUUGAAUUGAGUACAAUUUCAGAAAAAAUCUGUCAAAAAACUGACUUUAAAUUGGCCGUUCCAGGAACUUAUAAAGUUGAUCACGAGAUCACAAGAAUAAAGUUCUUCUUCGAGCAAGUAAUGGUCUAUACUUCUAAGCAGCAGCCUAAAUCUAUUUCUGUAAUGGGAGAUGAUGGAAAAGUUUAUCAAUAUUUGUUGAAAGGACACGAAGAUUUGAGAUUGGAUGAAAGAAUCAUGCAGUUCUUUUCAACAGUUAAUUCCCUCAUUAAAACAUCCUUUGCAAAGUCAACUGUCAUCAAGACAAUGGUUGUUAUGCCGCUCUCCAAGUUGAAUGGUUUAGUACAAUGGGUAAAUGGUGCUGAUACUUUGAAAUCAAUUGUUGAACAGUACAGGAACUUGAUUGAUCCUCAAAACGAAUCCGCUGUCAGAGAUGAUUUAGAGGAAUACAAAAUGGCCGGUGAACUGGGUUGUUACAAUUACAAUAACAUGUUGACAAUCCAAAAAAUGGCUGUUUUGAAGAAGAUUUUCGAAACAACUCCUGAUACAGAUAUUGCUAAUUUCCUUUGGCUUCAAUCUAAAGACGCUGAACAUUGGAUGAGAAUCAGAACAACAUUCGCUGUUUCAUGUGCAGUGAAUAGUGCAAUUGGAUAUGUAAUUGGUCUUGGAGAUAGACAUCCAAGUAAUAUAAUGAUUGAUAGAAACACAGGAAAAAUGAUUCACAUUGAUUUCGGAGAUUGUUUCGAAGUUGCAAUGAAAAGGAAGUUGUAUCCUGAAGUUGUUCCAUUCAGAUUGACAAGAAUGUUAGUUAAGGCAAUGGGAAUUGCUGGAACAGGAGGAACAUUCAGGUCAACUUUCGUUGAUUACAUGACUGUUUUGAGAGAAAAUUGGAGAGUUUUGAUUUUGGUUUUGGCUGUUUUCGUUCAUGAACCUUGUGUCGAAUCUUCUGAUGUUGCUGCUUCUGAUACUGUAGCAAAGAUUACGAGAAUUGGUUCUUGUAUUGAUGGAGGAGUUCCUUCAGUGGCUCCAAACAGUGAUGACGCUGAUACAAUCAGAUUGAGAGUCAAAUCAAAGUUGUUAGGAAAUGAUUUCGGAAACGUUUCAAUGAAAGUUUCUGAUCAAGCUGACCUUCUCAUUGCAUCAGCAACAUCCAUCUACAACUUGUCAAAGAUGUUCAACGGAUGGUGUCCAUUCUGGUAA